UCAUUUUUCCAAAGUAAUUGACAGUAUUGAAUGGUUGGUCUUUUUUACACACACCAAUCAUUUUGUGUAAAACGUGUAAGCUAAAUUUGAGUUUAAUUUAAAACGCCAGGACAAAUAUUGAAAAUAUGAAACCAAUCGUUCUUCAUGGACAUGAUCGUGCUCUCACGCAAAUAAAAUACAAUCGCGAAGGUGAUUUGAUUUUCUCAUCGAGCAAAGAUCAAAAGCCAAAUGUGUGGUUUUCGGUUAACGGUGAACGUUUGGGCACAUUCAAUGGACACAUCGGCGCUGUUUGGUGCAUUGAUGUUGACUGGACAUCAACCAAAGUGAUAACCGGUUCCGGUGACAUGUCCGCAAAAUUAUGGGAUUGUGAAACUGGAAAGGAUUUGGCUACAAUUAAAUGCAAUUCAUCAGUCCGUACUUCAAACUUCAGCUACGCUGGUACCCAGGCCGCUUACAGUACUGACAGUUCGAAUAAACAAGUGUCGAAUUUAGUGAUCAUUGAUGUACGUUGCAUUGACGCCUCAACAUCGACUGCAGAGCCAAUAUUACGCAUCCCAUUCCCACAAUCAAAAAUUACAGCAGCUCUAUGGGCAAAUUUGGACCAAAACAUCAUAACCGGUCAUGAAAAUGGAACAAUUUCAUUGUAUGACUUACGUAUGGCCAAGGAAUUGAACUCAGUUCGUGAUCAUACAGCUAACAUCAACGAUAUGCAAUUAUCUAAGGACGGAACAAUGUUUGUUACGGCAUCGAAAGAUACAUCAUCAAAAUUGUUUGACAGUGACAACUUGGUAUGCUUAAAGACAUACAAAACCGAGCGUCCAGUCAAUUCAGCCGCUAUUAGUCCAAUUUACGAUCAUGUUAUAUUGGGUGGUGGACAAGAUGCGAUGGAAGUAACUACCACGUCAACUCGAUCCGGCAAAUUCGAUUCCAGAUUCUUCCAUUUAAUCUAUGAAGAAGAAUUCGCUCGAGUUAAGGGACAUUUCGGUCCAAUUAACAGUUUGGCCAUACAUCCAGAUGGUAGAAGCUAUGCAACCGGCGGUGAAGAUGGUUAUAUUCGAGUGCAGUCAUUUGAUAGUUCCUAUCAUGAGCAACAAAUUUUCGAUUGAAAUCAUUUGAUUUUUGUUACUUAUCACCUCUCUCUUUGAAAUGGAAUAAAAUGAAAUAUCGAAAAUAAAUGAAAA